UACGUACUCGAAGGAUAAGAGGAGAAAAAAAGUUUUUCCCUUUACUCAUCCAGUUCAAGUCGCCCAUCCGGCAUUAUAAGAGGGGCACAUGCUGCAGAUUCCUCUGGCCCUACUCUGGCGGACUAGCUUUCCUCGUGGCCCUACUUUCACCGGGUUGAAGGUCGACGUCAACUCUGCGAUCCAAGUUCGGUGGUCCGUUCAAUUACCCCAGAUCCACAGACGUAGCAUGGCGACUAGCAUCAGGUCCCCUAGGGACCCUAAUACCCUCAGCAACUACAACAAUUGGAUAUGCACCCAUAUCACCGCAAACUUUGACAUCCUCUUCGACCAAAAAAAGCUGGUGGGCAGUGUUAUCCACAAGCUCAAGUCGACCACCGACGGGGACUCGCAGGAGAUCAUCCUAGACUCUAACAAUGUUGCAAUCGGCGGUGUCACCAUCGAUGGAAAGUCGUCCAACUGGGAGCUCCUUCCUCCGCUGGGACCUUACGGCUCGGCCUUGAAGAUCAAGCUCGACCAAGGCGUGAAGCUGAACGAAACGAUCGAUGUUGAGAUCUCUGUUCAGACCACCGAGAAGUGUACCGCACUUCAAUGGCUGACCCCAGCCCAGACAUCUAAUAAGAAUCAUCCAUACAUGUUUUCUCAAUGUCAGGCGAUCCAUGCGCGGUCCAUAUUCCCCUGUCAAGAUACGCCUGAUGUCAAGAGUACCAUCGACUUCAAUAUCUCCUCCCCUCUUCCUGUGAUUGCCAGUGGCUUGCCUGUCCGUGAUGCAUUGGGUGUGUCAUCAACUGAAGGCAAAUCCUUGUACCGGUUCCAUCAGCGCGUCCCGAUCCCUAGUUAUCUCUUUGCUCUGGCCAGUGGUGACAUCUCGGAAGCUGCAAUUGGACCUCGGAGCGUUGUGGCAACUAGCCCUGACAAACUCCAAGAGUGUCAGUGGGAACUCGAAGCAGAUACCGAGAAGUUUAUCGGUGCAAUUGAGAAAAUUGUCUACCCUUACGCUUGGGGCGAGUAUAAUGUCCUGAUUCUCCCACCUAGCUUUCCUUAUGGAGGAAUGGAGAAUCCGAUCUUCACCUUCGCGACGCCCAGUAUCAUCUCCAAGGAUCGGGAGAACAUCGACGUCAUUGCCCAUGAACUUGCACACAGCUGGAGCGGUAACCUUGUGACUAAUGCGUCGUGGGAGCAUUUCUGGUUGAAUGAAGGCUGGACUACGUACCUUGAGAGACGGAUUCUAGCUGCCGUGCAUGGCGAAGCGUAUCGGCAUUUCUCGGCCAUCAUAGGUUGGAAAGCGCUCACAGACUCCGUAGAGCAUUUCGGCCAUGACCAUGAGUUCACCAAAUUGAUUACGGAUCUCAAGGGCAAGGACCCAGAUGAUGCGUUUUCAAGUAUUCCGUACGAGAAGGGCUUCAACUUCUUGUUCCAUUUGGAAACUCUUGUCGGCAAGCAGAAGUUUGACCAGUUUAUCCCUCAUUACUUUACCACGUUCAAGGGGAAGUCGUUGGACUCCUACGAGUUCAAAUCAACUUUGCUGGAUUUCUUCCGUUCUGAUGCGGAAACGUCUGAACUUCUGAAUGCUCUUGAUUGGGACACAUGGUUCUAUGCCCCUGGGCUGCCUCCUAAGCCUCAGUUUGACACAUCGCUUGUAGAUGUUGUAUAUGAGCUUUCUCACAAAUGGAAGUUCCUUUCCGAGACUUCCUUUAAGCCGCAGCCGAGCGACAUUGAAGGACUGAGCGCAAACCAGAUUGUGGUCUUCUUGGAACAGAUACUUCUUUUUGAGCGACCGCUUACACACGAAUUGUCAAAGCUUAUGGGUGAAGUUUACGGACUCACCAAGAGUGAAAACAUAGAAGUCGCCAACUUGUACUUCCAAGUUGGCCUGAAGGCUGGCGACGAGAGUGUCGUUGGGCCGACGACGGAGCUACUUGGCAGAAUUGGAAGGAUGAAGUUUGUGAGACCUUUGUUUCGGAGCUUGCAGAAAGUCAACCGUCCAGUUGCAGUCGAAACUUUCGAGAAGUACAAGGAUUUUUAUCAUCCUAUAUGCCGAGGUAUGGUUGAGAAGGACCUCUUCGGGAAGAAGGACAUAUAGCGAUAUACGCAAGGCCUUAGGUUUCCGACUUACUUGUGUCCUCGGACGUGCUCAUCCGGAAAUAAUGGUUUAUCCUAGUUUUUGUUCAUAUUCGAUGUGAUCCAACGGGCAGGGUCGUCUACGCUCAUUAGCCCUCGAAGUGGUAGCGAAGUAUGCAAAAAUGGUCAACCAAGUAUGUUAAUGACAGAAGGAUAUGAUACACUAUAGAAUGCGAAACAACGGGCGGGUAAAAAACC